ACCAAUAAAUAAUUUUUAUUUUUGGUAUUAUAUAUACAUAAUAUUAAGAGCUUCAUAAGUAAAUACGAAGAAGAUUCUUCUAAAGUAAAAGAUCAGGCAGGAUACGUUGAACAAUGCGUUGACGAUUACAAUAAAUUAGUCAUCGAAAUUAUCUGUAAUUGAGGAGAGGCUAACUGUAAGUCAAAAAUGACAACAAGAAUGAAUAUGUCACUUAGAUAAAUUUGCCUUAAUAAAUCACUAGUUGCCAAAUUUAGCAAAUAAAUUGCAACUAACCAACUAAUUCAUCAUACAAUCUCAACCCUUUAACAGUAUCGCAUCCUCUCCCUCUUCUUCAUAUAUACUAUCUUCCAUUCAUCACCCUCUCAAUUAAUUGGCUCUCUUCUCUCCUAUUGUCUCCUUUUUUCUCAAGAAUAUACUCCCGCCACCCACGCGCCGCCGUAUGAUCUGUUUCGUGGCAGCGGUUAAAUUAUCUUUUUGUUAUUUGUAUUGAUAUGGGUUGCGGUGGUUCAAGGCUAGGAGGUGCAGCGGCGGCUAGAGCGGAUGAGGGCGGCCUUGUCCCACUUCCGGCGGGAAUACGUCCGCUUCUCCGGCGGAGAUUAGAGGAGAUGAAGAAACGGAGCCAUGCAAACGUUUUUAAAGGGAACGAUACGCUAUCCAAGACGGAGCUUCUAAGGCACAACUCAUCCGAGGACGGAGACGAGAAGGAGGAGAACGUCGACAGCUUGAAGUUAUCGGCUAAGGUGGCUCCUACGCCUGAUCAUCACGUGGAAGAGAAGAAAGAGGUUAUUUACGAGAAGAUUUCGUCCAUAGAUGAGAUUAAAGAGGAGAAAGAGGUUGUUAAGAAACAAGAUGAGAAAAAUGAUGAUGCCAUCAACGUUAAUAAAGAAGGAAAUAAUGGUACAAAUCAUGAUGGGGUCCUCAUUGCUAAGAAGGAAGGAGAUGAUGGUGUUGCUCAUGAUGAUUGUAUAAAUCUUGAUGAGGUCAUCAUUGCUAAGAAGGAAGGAAAAAAGGGUGUUGAUCAUGAUGAAGGGAGGAUGAGCAAUUUAGAUGAGAGGAUGAUAUGUCCUGGAUCUCCAAGCUUUAGGGUUUAUUGCAUCGAUGUUGCUUCUGAUGAUGACGAAGAAGAAAAAGAAGGUGAAGUCCCGAGAAAGUCGAUGGAAACCGAAAGCGUCAUCAUAGAACCAAAAGAGGAAGAAAGCAUCGUGAAAAAGGAGAAAAGAGAAAGAAAAGGAAAUAUAUUCGGAAUAGCAUUGCCAAGGAAGUAUUUAGCUAAUGUGACUGCACAGUGCUAUGCAAAUGCAGGAUGCAUGGGCAAUAACACUCACACUCGUCGUGUGCAAGAGAAAUCGAGCCAGUGAAUAAUAUGUUUGCCAUCUUUGAAUUGAUUUGUUGAGGGAAGAAUAAUGUGUGGUGUUCGUACGAGGCCAAUGGAUAUUUAAAAACCACCCCAACAUGGAAAACACUAAUACCCUUUUAAUUAGACCUUUAUUUGUUUCGAGAGACGCUUGUUUAAGAAUUUGUACACCUCUUCGUCUCUUUGUUUUCUCUCAGGAUAAGUUAGUGUUUAACGAAUUUUACCUUUUUACUUUCACGUGGAUAAAUGUAAGUAAUUGAACGUGUGCAAUGAGAAAAUGUUGUCUAUCUGUAUUUUUAUUUUUGUUUAAGUUUCGGCAGAAGAUAUGAAAAUUGGAACUCGACUAUGAUCUGGUUACUCUUGCGGUUCAUCUCUUUCGUCCAGUUGAUGAUGCCCUGACGGCAAGCAUUGAGCUUAGCAAUAACCGAUCUUAGCGGAUCCUGGUUCCACGUUUCCUCCACUAGGUCUAUAACUUCCGCAUUCUCUGUUAGGGUUCUAUUGAACCGGAAGAUACCUUGCUUUCUGGAUCGCGAUUUAUUGGAGUAUGUGAGCAGGGGUCUGUGAUCACUGCCUUCAAAACGCAAGUAACUGCUUCGCCCCAUAGGGAAGGCUUCUGACCAACUGCAGUUCGCCAUGGAUCUAUCCAGACGUUAUCUAAUAAAAUGACAGUAUCAUCUACCUCGCCACGAGAGAUGAUUGCCGGAGUGCUUAAGAUCCCAAAGGCCGUUUUGUGAAACAAAGGAGCGAAAGGCUGUGAAUGACCCUUCCCAUCGUACUGGUCCUCCCACCUUCUCCUUGUUGUUUAGAAUAUCGUUGAAGUCACCCGUUAAUAGCCAUGGUACAUCACUUCCUCUGCCAAUCUGAGAUACAGUAUCCCAAAAAUAUGAUCUAUUUCCAACCUCAGGAGCUCCAUAAAUGAAGGAAACAUAAGAAGAGGUUCCUUUGAAUUUAAUUUCAGCAUCAAUAAUGUUUGGAGAAGAUUUUAGUACAUCCAAGGUCACUGCAUCUCUCCAAAACAAAGAUAAACCACCACUAAGGCCUAACGGUGGAACAAAGAAGUAACCAGAAAAA